AUGCCGUUUGACACGUAUCGUCCAGGCAUCAUGAAUCCCGCGUUCGAGGAGUAUUACAAUAGCUACUACCUGCGGCACUGUAAUCAGAACAGCUCGUUUUUCGAUGAUCCGAAUAACUACGUGAGAAUCACAUCUUCUAUCGCCACCGCCGUAUUUCCCAUUCAUAUUCUCGCGUUCUAUUGUAUAAUUUUCAAAACUCCGCGAGCUAUGGAGGGCAUUCGAAAAGAGUUACUCGUUCUACACGUUUGGUGAGUUCUCAACAUCUCACUACUUCCACCUACUCCUCCCACCUCACAGGCUUUUCUAUUGUGACAAUGCUCUCAACGUUCUGCUCAUCGGCUACCUCUUCGUGCCAACGUUCUGCGGCGUCUCGCUCGGAGUGCUCAACCACUACGGCGUUCCCGUCGUCGUCAUCGGAUAUCUCGGCCAAAUCGGCAUCUCCGGCGUCGCCACCUCACUCAUAAUUCUGUUCGAGACGCGUUAUGACGCCGUCGCACCAGACAACAUUCUCAGCAAGUGGGCGAUGGGGAAGCAAUGCUUCAUUGCGAUCAACUACAUUUACACCUCCACAUUUCUGCUUCCCUCGUUCUUCGCGUGGACUCCGCACGAGCGACAGAUUGUGGAGAAGAUGAAUGCGCUUACAGUGAUUCCAUGUCCAACACCGCUUUUCUUCGACGAUCAGGCCGUCGUCGGCUUCCCUGCCGAAUCCACUUGGCUCGCCUUUUUCUCUUGCUCCAUUUUCGCUACCGUAGUCAUCGUACAAAUCGCAUUCUUUGUCGUCAAAACCGUGUACAUUUCUUUUUUCACAAUCAACGUAUCGGUGUCGUUGCGAACGAGGUCAAUGCAGAGUAGACUGUUCCGUUGCCUUUGUAUCCAGGUCGCCAUUCCCACCGUAGUCCUCGUCGUUCCUUCCAUUUACCUCUGCUUCUCUAUCCCCACAGCACACUACGAUCAGACGAUGAACAAUGUGCAAGUGCUCAUGUUCUCUUCGCACGGCACUCUUUCCUCGCUCUGCACCAUUUUGAUCUACAACCCCUAUCGUCAAGUUCUAAAGUCGCUGCUGACGUGCGGAACGCGUGCCGGUCGAGUGAGUACGGUUAAUGUUGUCAAAGAUUCGCAUAUUUUCAAUUACUAA